GGCUCUUCGUCGGGCUGGACGCGGUCCAAUUCUGUCCACCCGCGCCGUUCGGACCGGGCGACCCGACCGCUAACCCCAAGCAAUUUCCAACCCAGCCCUUCCUCUCACUUUCCACUUUCCAGUAUGCCGCUGAGAGAGAGAGAGAGAGAGAGAGACGCGAUCGCUUGGUAGAAAUUUCUGCAUUCCUGUUUUAAUUGUUCGACCUCUUCGAGAUGCUCCACCUCUUCUCCUUCUUUUACCGGUGGCCGCUGGCGAGAGAUGUUUGUAACUUGGAGCAGGGAGGUACUUUAAGCCAAGGGUGAAGUUGAAGAAAAUAGGCCUUGAUGGAUGAUAAUAAAGUGGGAACAAGCUUUGACAACCAUGCUGGCAAAAGAGAAGGGCGCAAAUCAACCCUUAAUCCAGCAUUUGAUUUUUUUGUGCAGAUGCCUCAGAAAAUUCAAAACUGUCUGAAGACACAUCUCAAGCACAUCAGUAAGAAUGAACAGAAAUUUGACAUUGCAAAACCUCUGAUGCUUACUGAGAAAGAACCAUGUACUGCUUUGGACGUUAACUUGGACAAGCAACUAGAAGCUUGGAGAGAAAAUCCUAAAUGGAUUGAUCCACCACCAGAAAUCAAGGUUAGCGUACCAAAAGGCUCUCUUUGCAAGUUGCACGUGAAGUUCAAGGUUGGAUUACCCCCAGAUGCAAUCUAUAACAUUAUUGUUGACCCAGAUAACAAAAGAGUGUUUAAAAACAUCAAGGAAGUGAUAUCCAGAAAGGUCUUGGUUGAUGAAGGCUUAAGGCAGGUGGUUGAGGUGGAGCAAGCUGCAAUAUGGAGAUUCCUUUGGUGGUCCGGGACUAUAUCUGUGCAUGUCUUAGUUGAUCAAAACCGGGAAGAUCAUACGGUGAGAUUCAAGCAAGGUAAAUCAGGAUUUAUGAAAAAAUUUGAGGGUUGUUGGAAAGUAGAGCCACUGUUUGUUGAUGAACAAAUUUGCCUUCCUACCAAGUCAAAAACAUGGGCCGACUAUGAUUUGUGCACUGGGAGCAAGGGGAGAGUGGGAUCCUUUGUGAGCUUGGAUCAACUGAUCCAGCCAGCGCUUGUCCCACCACCACCUUUCUCAUGGUAUUUGAGGGGGAUCACUGCAAGAACUACUGAGACGCUGAUAACUGACCUUCUAGCAGAGGCUGCAAGGCUAAGGGGAGCUGGAUAUGCGGAGUCAAGGCAAGAUAUCGAAACAAGCUGUGAUAAUAGUGCAGAGUGUUUGGCACGCUGUAUCAAAGAGAGAUGGCGUCAGAGAAGAAGUAGAAAGGGACGGAGAAGUCGCAGAGCUCUGCUGGUUCAUUAAACUCUUUUGGAUCAUGAAGAUGAAUGAGUGGACCCUGAACUUGAAGCCACUGUAACUGCUGGUUAUCAUGAGAUGCCACUAUUCAUUUAAUCCUAAAGUACAUAUUGAGUUAAUGCUUCAGUUUGUGGCAUACUUGAAAUUACAGUCUGUUGUUUCUUUGAUGAAGAAAUGAGUAAAUAAAGUGAUCAGUUUCCAUGA